AUGGUAGUCCAAUCGAGUGAGUCCCACUCCAAUACACUAUUCUCCAAAAACACCAGCAGCAUGAGUACUGAUAGUCCAGACACCACAAUGAUGAAGGAGUCUCUGCGCUACAUCCCACACAGUACACUGCAGACAUGGAAGGAGCGUGACUACCUCAUUGUGUUUGGCAUCCCAUCUGUGGAUAUUGAUUCAAGGCGGAGACGCCGUUAUCUGCAGCGGACUACGUGCUGGCAGUUCCCCGGUGUUGCACGGAGGGCGAAUGACUUCACUGGGGCCAUGUUGGUGUUGUAUGUACUUGCACGGCACCCAUCCCACGGCUACAACUAUUCUGCUGCACUAGAGAAGGAGGCUGAUGAGUAUCAUGAUAUCAUUACACUGCCGAUGAAUGAGGGACGUCCGAACAGAAAAAAUCUGGAGCAUAGCAGCUUUGGUUGGGGUAACGAGGUUCAGAUUGGUAUGAGCCGCAAAACAUUCCUGUGGUUUGAUCUAGCACUACAAGUAUUCCCGAAUGUGAGCUACAUUACAAAGGGUGAUGAUGACAUCUUCUUGCGUGUGCCGCAGUUUUUAUCUGAUUUACGUUUAUUACCACGAAAAGGAAUAUAUUGGGGAAUGCAAUUUAGUGUUUUGCGUCAUCGAGAAAAUAAAAACGUGAGUUUUCAUUUUGUUGGGGGAAUGUGUUACACCCUUUCUAGGGAUGUUGCUGAACAUUUUGUCUCUUACGAGCCGUUGAAGCGUUUAGUACAUCUCCCAUACAAGAAGGAGCGUGAAGAGGAAUUUCUAUCACUUGGUAUGGAUCAUGAAGAUGUCAUGGUGGGCCGUGUGCUGCAAGUUGAAUCUCCAUACACUCCUUUGGUAUUUGUGGCCGAUGAUAUUUGUCGGUUUGAACAUAUUGAGAAGGGUAGUAUCCAAUUCAAGGUAAACCCAAUGUCUGUUGUCAUUCAUAAUUUGCAAGAAGACGAGUAUGCAAUUCUAAUGGAUAGGUUUGGGAAUGGUACAACGUAUAGUCCCAUAAUGCAAUUUUGGACAAUGGGGGGGGGGUAA